CGAACCAGUACCGGCCGGUUUUAUGAAACGGCAUCGUUUUUGCAUUUUGUUUCAAAAAAGAACGAGCCAGGUUCUCGUCCUCAGUCACCUGAAGGCUGAAGCCCUUGCCUCCCUCUCGAGCCCCAUUCCUGAUUCCUCAGUCUCGUACAUAAUCUCAUUAUUUCUGUCCAACACAACCCUAGUCUCAUCGCGCCGCCGUUGGUCUCACCGUCGCCGGCUGUUCGUCGUGGUCGUUCGCCAAUCCUCCUGUUUCGUCGUGCUCGAAGGCCCUUCCAUUCCCCCAACGCCAGCGUCUCCAGGUCCUGCUCCGCCGUCGUCUCUCUGUCGUGUUCGUCGCUAGCUCCCCGUCGUCCGUCGCCAGAUCGCCAGUGUUCGUCGCCAGGUUCCCGUCGUCUGUGGCUCUCCCUCAAAUCUCUGGUCACUGCCCUCGCUGAAGAGUAAGGAAUGGGGGACAAGAAGAAGAAGGCUCAAAUGUUUGUAAAACUAGUGUCUGCUGCUGGGACUGGAUUUUUCUAUGUGAAGAGGAAGCCAAGGCAGUUCACAGAGAAGCUCGAGUUUCGCAAAUACGAUCCAAGGGUUAACCGCCAUGUUCUCUUUACAGAGGCUAAGAUGAAGUGAUACACCACCUUUCAGUUUCAUUUCGAUGAUCAUGGCUCCAUUCUUGUAGCUGAAACAAUUUAGUACUGUUUUCUUUGAAACAGUGAGUUUGAAUCAUGCAAUCUGUGUUUUUUACUUCUCUGCCUUGUGUACAUUUUCCUUAACUUUUUGAAGGUCUAGGAUUUGAUAUUAUCUUCUAGUUUGAUGUUUGAAUCUUGUUCAAUGGUGAUGGAUUUAUUCUCCCAUUUUCUUUAAGAAGACAAACAUGUAAAAUCAGAGAAUCUAGUGCUACUUCUAUGCAGUUCUUGUGGUUUUGAACACAAAUAGCACUGAGUAUACUGUGCAAAGAAAAUGAAUGAUUUGCUUACCGGAA